CAGCAGCAGCUGGCCAGGCGGAGUCGGGACGCAGCAGCCGGCACUCGGGGUCUCGGGGGCAGCGCAGCCUCCAGUCCUAGGCUAACUCGUCCUCUGUGAUCCGUGGAGUUUCUUGCCUUAUUUAUUCUGACCUGCCUCACAAACUUCCAAACUCGGACUCUUGGAGGGUUGAUUCUGCUGUGGAGGAUUUAUUUACAGAGGAAUCUGGACAGGAGUUGUACAGAUAGGACAAGAAGCUGUCCUAUGACGAUAGCAAGCCUCUACCUGUUUCCUGUGGUUGUCACCCUGCUCUUCUGUAAGCUGUCACCAUGACCCUGACAAAAGGCUCCUUCACCUACUCCAGCGGGGAAGAAUAUCGUGGCGAGUGGAAGGAGGGCCGCAGGCAUGGCAUUGGUCAACUGAUGUUUGCAGAUGGCGGCACCUACCUGGGUCAUUUUGAGAAUGGGCUCUUUAAUGGCUUCGGGGUACUGACUUUCUCAGAUGGCUCAAGAUACGAAGGAGAGUUUGCCCAAGGAAAGUUCAACGGUGUUGGGGUUUUCAUUCGCCAUGACAACAUGACUUUUGAGGGAGAAUUCAAGAGUGGCAGAGUAGAUGGCUUUGGCCUGUUGACUUUUCCUGAUGGUUCUCAUGGAGUUCCUCGAAAUGAAGGUCUGUUUGAGAAUAAUAAGUUGCUACGGCGAGAAAAGUGUCCUGCAGUGAUCCAGAGAGCACAGAGGGCUUCCGAGUCAGCCCGGAACCUCCCAGCUUGACAGGGUACCAUGGCUCUGCCAGAAGGAGCAGUUGGGCAGACCAGCCACCUCUGUUCAUUCACUGCAGGUGAAGGAAUGAACCAGACCCAAGAUUCUUUGAGUUAUGAACACCAAACAGUUGCCUUUUGACACAUCCCCUUUGCCUGCCAAUCAAAAGUUAGAUUGUGGAUUGGGGCCAUUUACAGGCCCUCCAACAGCUCUGACUUGCCAGACAGGGAGCAGCUGAUUUCAGUUUUGCCUUGGCCCUGCCCCUUCUCUGCCGCUGCUUGGACGAACUGCCUUUUUUCACACCCUGGGACUCUCCAUCCCUAAAUCCCUGCACUGCCCCCAGCCUUGCUGCCUUCUACUCCAGCCUGGGUCCAUGGUCACCUGCAGUGUAAUGGGGGGGGUGAUCCAGCAGCCUCCCCUCACCAGAGGCCCAUGCCUUGGGCUUCCUGGGGGAGGGAAGAUGAUGGACUAUCUAGGGGGUCAGGGAAAGAAGGCAUACAGCAGGCAUUUAAAAGCCUAGGCUGGAGACUUUUUCUUACGUUACCUUCUUAUUUGGUUACUGUUUGGAAUUAGGGCUCCAGGUCUGUUACGUGAGCUGGCCAGGAUGAUCUUGAACUCCUCUUUCUCAGUCUUUGGGUGCUGUGAUGAGUCUUCAUGUGUCCUUGACUUUACUGUGUAACUCCAUUACACGAAAGGACUCCAUUUAUGCAUCUCAUCUUUAUGUACCUUCAUUGCUGUUCUUAUAUGGGUAAAAAAGUGAUACAGAACUAUAAUCUUAAACUCGUGUGUAGAGCAGAGGACAGGAACCUCCAGACCCACUAAUAAUGUGUGAAAGCCAGGAUUGAUUUCAUCUUUCUUAAGACUGGAAAGGGACUGGUUAGGCAGGAGUCUUCCUUGUGGACCACCUGGCCAGAGCACUAUCAGCUCCCUGGAAUUUAGACAGAGGUGGAUGCAGAUCAGUCAGGAAUACGUUGAGCUAAAAACUACUUGAUGGACCAAAUCCAGGUCACCAUAACUCUUUCACUACCAGCCCUGGACAUUAGACCUGGAGAUGAAAACUCUACUCAUCAGCAUCACACAGAGCUCAUUCUGAGACUUUGAACACACCAUACUCCCCAUUAUUCUCACAUCGAAUGUUUCAUGUGCAGCAGAUUUUGGUGGAAAUACUAGCAGUGUGCCUCUAUCAUCUCUGGAUUGUACUGUUGAAAUAAAAGUGUUUAUAAGGAAUCAA